CCAUGAGUGAUAUUUUACACAAUUACAGCCUAUCUGUGACGGAAUGCACAACUCAUUUCUCAUUUCAAAUUGCAUCUAGUCCGAUUAUGUUAUUCGGCCUUGAAGAUGACAUAACUUUUUUAAUGUUUUCACUAUUCAUGUAACAUUGGAAAGUUACAAAGGAAAACCCAUCAUAUGUUAUAUGCUGCAGGCUCAGAACUUAUACAUGCUGACUUCAAGUCGGGACAUUAGCUAGAGAAAUGGUGACUAUGUGUAACGCUGCGGGUUUUGUUAUUUAUCUAGUAUUAUCAUUAGUCACUGGUCGACGGAUUGAUAGAGUGCAAAGUCACGUACAAACUGUCUUGAUAUCGGAUAUUUCUCCUGGUGAUGGAAAUGACCAACAAUACCGGACGGAGGGACAAAAGGAAGCGAUGUUAUUAUCAUUGCAUAACUUGGUGAAAAAUUCUUUCGAUGGAGUUGACGAUGACGACCUUCUUCAACUUUAUGUGAUGUGUCAAUUUGACUUUAUUCUUUGGAAGUGCGGAAGAUUGUCUUCACGUACGUCAAAUCAACAGAUAACAGACCAUAAUGUUCCAUCAGUAACGUAUCAAUAUGUACAAACAACAACAGACCAGAGUAAACAACUGGGGAUAGACUAUAAUGUUCAACCGGAAACGGAUCAAAAUGUACAAACAACAACAGACCAGAGUAAACAACUGGGGACAGACUAUAAUGUACAACUGGAAAUGGAUCAAAAUGUACAAACAACAACAGAUCAGAUUAAAUACCUGGAAACAGACCAUAAUGUACAACCGGAAACGGAUCAAAAUAUACAAAGAACAACAGAUCAGAGUAAAAAACUGAAGAUAUACCAUAAUGUACAACUGGAAACGGAUCAAAAUGUACAAACAACAACAGAUCAGAUUAAACAACUGAAGAUAGACCAUAAUAAACGUCUGAAAAGUAACAAAGAUAUACAACCGACAACAGAGAAACCUGUGCAGCAUGAAGCAUUCAACAAGAAGGACUCUGAACUAGACUGGAACCUGUCUGUUCCUGUUGAAGACUACGAAACGAAAGAAGAUGACCCUGACGCUGAUGAUAUGGGGCUUGCAGGCAGCCUACUAUGCCAGAUGUGUUCAUCGGUUAAGAUUACAGCAGAAAGAGAGAAAUGCGAGACUCGAUUAUGUGAUUAUUAGACUGUAACUUAUAUAAGACAGUACGAAAUGAUGGGUAUAUAAUGGCAGUACAAGUAUUUGGUUCUUGUAUAUCUGAGUAUGUUCGAUUGUAGGAUAUAAAGCCAGAUAAUGUGAAUGUUGAUUUAUUGUAAGAUAUUUUUUUCGCGUUUGAACGUUUCAUAUUAAAAAUGUAUUGCAGCAUGGAUGCAUUAUGCGCAAAUGGUAAAAUAAUACCUGGUACGUAGUAAGUAAUUUAUUGUUCAAUUACGAUUCGUAUGUCCGUGAUUUAAACUCGUUCUUGAAUAGUGAGUAAGUUUUUUUAGAUUUCUGUACAGCUUUUUUUCCAUAUCUAGGCGGUCAUGCUUGAAAGCAAUAUCCAGUUAUGAUGACGUUAAUAAUCCAUUAAACCUAGUAUGUGACCAUAAGGCUUGUUUAUUUCAAUCUCUACCCAGAGUUGUCGUUCCUUACACACACUCGCACAGUACAUGAGUGUAAAGAACGAAAUUUCUGAAUAGAAAGGUUUGCUUAUCUCCCCUAUCAUUUGUGAACAUCAUUCGCAACAGCCUUUAACAAUAGGCGAAAAAAGGACUCAAAUUUCUCAUAGUGUGACUGAUUCGUUUACGUUUAAUAAUCAUAUGGCCAGGAGACAAAACAUCAUAUUUUCCUGUAGCUGAUGUCUCUGUUCGAACUUUCACAUUGUGUUUGUGAAGAAAUGUUACUUCUUCAACAUAUACAAACUUAUUGUUUUACCCAGGUAUUAUGAUAACCCUAUGCCUUGGUGGGAGGGAGACGUUAAUUUUUUCUCCUGAAGUGCAUUAUAUUUGCAACGGGAAAUAUUUAUAGGAAGGCUAGUGAAGGCGGGGCGGGUCCAGGUGAGUGCGUAAUGGGCGUAC